UGAAAAGUCUACGGCAGACUUCGCGAACAAACCAGUUACAUUAUGUACCUCAACGCUAAGGCCAACAACUUCGACUGAAGUUCUCGUGCAUACAGCACGUGAUUUAUUUUGUUUUACUUUUCAUUUUUCGACGUUUUGUUUUUUCAAAAACAAUCAUGUAUUGAGUUGGGUAAAUUUGAGAAAAAAUUUAUACCAAACAUUGCGAGUAUUUCAAAACGCGAAUGAGAUGAAUUUUUCGAGCAUUUAUUAUGUUUUAGUUUAUUUUUCGUAGGGUUUAAAUUUUUUUUAGUAGUUGUUAAGUUUUUUAUUUUUUUGUUUUUUGUUUGUUUUCUCGUUAAUUUAUUUCAUUUUUUUUUUUAUUAUUCGAAUGUGUGUAACGUAAAAAUCAAAAUAUGUUUAAAUCUUUUUUCGUCUAUUUUUGUGUUUGUUUUAUCAUUAAUACGCUUGCCAUUAGUGAGGAAUCGAGUGUUGAGAAGAAAUCCAUCGAUGAUGCUGAAUCGAUUAUUGUGACAGCUGCAAGCCAGUCGCUGGAUCCGAAUUUUGAUAGUAAUAAUGACGACUCGGUGGUAUCAAGAAGGUCCAAGAGACAGUUCCCAGGAGGAUAUGGGACUGAUUCGGCGUGCUUGACUAGCAGAGGAUCACUGGGACGAUGUCUAGCCUUCAAACAGUGCUAUCCGUUCUUCAAGCUGCCGGUAUUGUCUCAAUACGAGAACUGGAUAUUGAGCAUGCAAGACACGUGCGCCUAUGUAGCAUCGUCUGGUCAACAGCAAGUCGGAGUCUGUUGUAACGGUGGCGGAGGAUACUACCACACUAACGAAAUCCCCUACUACCCUCCAGCUGGAGUAUAUCCUAACCCAGAUGCCGAACCAAUCCCCCAGUUCUCACAUAAUCCUUACGUACCUGCCAAUUGGCCCCCUCCUAUACCUACUCAUCCUCCUGAUCACACCAUACCUCCGUUACCAACUCACCCUCCAUCUCCCGGAUACCCUAAUUUGGACCAAACUACCACCAAGAAACCAGCUCCUGCUUGGCCUCCUACAGUACCAGCAUACCCAACGACCACGACGAAGAAACCAUCGCCAGCUUGGCCACCUCAAAUAACCAAUAAACCAACGUGGACUAAACCGACUGUAAGCAAACCGUGGCCUCCUCCUGUGCCAACUCAUCCUACUACUUGGCCAUCUACGACACCUCCCGAUGUGGAAGAUGUGCCUUCGAAUAUGUCGGAGUGUGGUAUCAAAAAUGGGUACCAAGAUCAGGAGAGGAUUGUUGGUGGACAUAACGCCGAACCUGGUGAAUGGCCGUGGAUGGCUGCUAUUUUAACGAGUGGAAGACUGUUUUGUGGUGGAUCUCUUAUCGAUGAUAUACAUAUAUUGACCGCUGCCCAUUGUGUUGCGCAAAUGAAUCCAUGGGAUGUGGCCAGACUACGAGUGAAUCUCGGUGAUUACAAUAUAAAAAGCAAAGGCGAUGUGCAACACGUUGAAAGAAAAGUACGCAAAGUAGUUCGUCAUCGUGGAUUCGAUCCGCGCACUUUGUAUAAUGACAUCGCCUUACUCACACUCGAUUCUCCGGUUCCAUUUUCAAGAAAUAUUAGACCUAUUUGUUUGCCUCAAGGAAGAACUCAGUAUCAUGGACGAAUGGCCACUGUGAUCGGAUGGGGUAGUCUGAAAGAAAUGGGUCCAACUCCUGGUAUCCUACAAGAAGUCAGCAUACCCAUAUGGACGAAUCAAGAAUGUAAAACAAAAUACGCAGGAGCAGCUCCAGGAGGUAUCGUGGAAACAUUCUUAUGCGCUGGUAAAGCCAGUAAGGAUUCGUGCAGUGGUGAUAGUGGAGGUCCGUUGAUGAUAAACGAUGGUAAAUGGCAACAAAUUGGAGUUGUGAGUUGGGGAAUAGGCUGUGGUAAAGGUCAAUAUCCGGGUGUAUACACGAGAAUAACGUCUUUCAUGUCAUGGAUAAAUAAGAAUUUAGAUACGUAAUUUAUUACAUUUUUUUUUAUAUUUUUGUACAUGUAAAUAUACUUAGGUAAUAAAAUAAUAAUAAAUGUUUUAUACAA